AUCAAUUGUUAUUUAGCGGAUUUGUUCCUUUUUUCAAAACCUGGUUCCUAUUAAUCUCGCAUAAUACAUGGAUGUUCAGCAAGCAAAAAACAAUUCUGUCCCAUUCAACUUAUGAAAAGUUUACAGGGAUGGAUUCUGGAUCCCCUGCUCCAUAUACUGAAGACUAUAACUCUACUUACUCGGAUGAUUAUUCUGAUUAUUAUGAAAAUCCUUUAGAUAAUCAACUGUGCGACAAGUCAGACAUUAUCAAGUUUGGAGCAGUCGUAACACCGGUUUUUUUGUGGAUUGUCACAUUACUGAGCCUUUUUGGGAACAGUCUUGUUUUGGUCAUUCUGACAAAGUAUGAAAACCUGAAAUCACUCACCAACAUCUUCAUCCUAAACCUGGCUCUGUCUGACUUGCUGUUCACGUUUGGACUGCCCUUCUGGGCUUUAUACCACAUCCACGGCUGGACCUUUGGAGAUGAAGCCUGCAAGGCUGUAAGUUUUCUUUUCUAUGCUGGGUUCUACAGCAGCAUCAUUUUCCUGACCAUAAUGACCAUCCAUCGGUACCUGGCCGUGGUCCACCCGCUGUCGGACCUGGGGUCAAAGCGGCUUUGUUACGGUUCUAUCACUUCUUCCGCCGUCUGGAUUGUGAGUUGCUUAGCUGCAGUACCAGCUCUUGUGAUGCAUAAAGUGCAAAGAUUUGGUGGAGUACAGUAUUGUGAAUAUACUGAUAAACGAUGGAAAAUAGGUGGAACAUACCAACAAAAUUUUCUCUUCCUAAUUGCAUUGUGUGUGAUUACCUUCUGUUAUGUUAAAAUACUCGGGACAUUACUUCGGUCAAGAUCGCAUACAAGGUACAGAACAGUGAAACUCAUUUUUACGAUUGCAGUUGUGUUUUUCCUGGGGUGGGCUCCCUACAACGUUCUAAUUUUUUUGAAAUCGCUCUCGGAUAUUGGGGGCAUUUGGCCCUUCACAGAGUGCCCGGUCAGCAAAGGCAUUGAUUUUGCCUUCUACGUUUGCCGACUCGUCGCCUUCUCCCACUGCUGCUUAAAUCCCGUCUUUUACGUCUUUGUGGGAGUGAAGUUCAGGAGCCACCUGAAGAAGCUACUGAAAAAGCUGUGGUUCUGCCAGGCCGGUUCUGUAGACAUUCAGCACCGCAGCAGCAGGGCUGUACAUUCCAACGGCGAGGAACUGUCACUGUACUAGAGCGGUGGUUCUCAGUCCUGCUCCUUAAUUACCAUCUGCCAGGAAGCUUCCAGUCCAGCCUGACCUCACUAAGCAGGUGUUGCUCCAGGAGCAGGAUUGAGAAACACUGUACUAAAGUACAUUUAUUAGUCCAUGAGCGAAAACCGAUGUGGAAAAAUGUAAAUGUAAAUUCGUUAACAAUGCAG